AUGGGACUUUCUUUUAAUGUGUUACUAAUUGUUGACAAUGCACCCGGUCAUCCUUGUAUAGAACAUCCUAAUGUGAAACUUGUAUUUUUACCACCCAAUACUACAUGCCUUAUACAACCAUUGGAUCAGGGCAUAAUUGCAGCUUUUAAAAAACAGUACGUGAAGUCAACUUUCAAAUACAUUUUGGAAAAAGUUGAAAGUGAUGGAAUAAACUUGAUUGAAGUUUGGAAAAAAUUUUCAAUAUUGGACUGCAUAAAUCGCGUUGCAGCAGCAAUUAGUCACUUAAAACAACACACAUUAAAUGCAUGCUGGAAGGUUGUCUGGCCGAAAUGUGUCAUUAACAGAAGUGCAACUGAAAAUGCAUCAACAUUAACAACAGAAAUCCUUCCGUUAGCACAUGAUAUUGGCGGAGAAGGAUUUGAUUCCUUUAAUGAAAAUGAUCUUGACGAAAUGAUUCAUGAUGAAACCGUAAGGGAUUAUGAUGUCAUAAAUUAUGUAACGGAUAUUACUGAUCAGCAAGGAGAACCUGAAACAAUUACAGCAGAUAAAAUCUAUGCAGGACUCAAACUUUGUGGUAAAUUAGAAAGUCAUUUUCUUGAGAACGACAAUAAUGCUAAAAGAACUUCAGAAUUUCAAAAAGGGCUUCAGUCUUGUAUAUCUGGUUACCGAGAUGUAUAUAAGCGUCUAGUGAAACAACAGUAG